GGCGCGCACAGCCGGGCGCGAACGGUCGUCGGUGCCCUUGACCAUGAUGGUGGCCGCGCUCCUGCUCAGCCUGGCGCUGCUGGCCCCACUAACUGCGGGCGCGGGCAUGGGCGCGUGUUACGACGACGCAGGGCGCCCCCAACGCUGCCUGCCGGUGUUCGAGAACGCGGCGUUUGGCAGGCGCGCAGAGGCCUCACACACGUGCGGUCACCCGCCUGAGGACUUCUGCCCGCACGUGGGCGCGCUGGGCGCUGCGGCGCAGUGCCAGCGCUGUGACGCAGCCGACCCUGAUCUCCACCACAACGCCUCCUACCUCACCGACUUCCACAGCCAGGAUGAGAGCACCUGGUGGCAGAGCCCGUCCAUGGCGUUCGGCGUGCAAUACCCUACCUCGGUCAACAUCACCCUCCGCCUAGGGAAGGCCUAUGAAAUCACUUACGUGAGGCUGAAGUUCCACACCAGUCGCCCUGAGAGCUUCGCCAUUUACAAGCGCAGCCAUGCUGGUGGCCCAUGGGAGCCCUACCAGUACUAUAGCGCCUCCUGCAAGAAGACCUACGGCAAGCGGGAGGGGGUGUACCUGCGUCCUGGUGAAGAUGAGCGUGUGGCUUUCUGUACUUCCGAGUUCAGCGAUAUCUCCCCGCUGAGUGGAGGCAACGUGGCCUUCUCUACCCUGGAGGGCCGGCCCAGUGCCUACAACUUUGAGGAGAGCCCGGUGUUACAGGACUGGGUCACCAGCACUGAACUCCUCAUCUCCCUAGACCGGCUCAACACGUUCGGGGACGACAUCUUCAAGGACCCCAAAGUGCUCCAGUCUUACUACUAUGCUGUGUCUGACUUCUCCGUGGGUGGCAGGUGUAAGUGUAACGGGCACGCCAGUGAGUGUGGCCCCAGUGAGACGGGUCAGCUGGCCUGCCAGUGCCAGCACAACACCACAGGCCCGGACUGCGAGCGCUGCCUGCCCUUCUUCCAGGACCGCCCAUGGGCUCGCAGCACAGCCGAGGCUGCUAAUGAGUGUCUGCCCUGCAACUGCAACGGCCACUCAGAGGAAUGUACAUUUGACCGGGAGCUCUUCCGCAGCACAGGGCAUGGCGGGCGCUGCCACCACUGCCGAGACCACACUGCCGGGCCACACUGUGAGCGCUGCCAGGAGAACUUCUAUCACUGGGACAUGAAAGCGCCAUGCCUGCCCUGUGACUGCCACCCAGCAGGCUCCCUGCACCUCCAGUGUGAUGGCUCAGGCACCUGCACCUGCAAACCCACAGUGACAGGCUGGAAGUGUGACCACUGCCUGUCUGGGUUCCACUCACUCAGCGAGGGAGGCUGCAGACCCUGCACCUGCAAUCCUGCUGGCAGCCUGGGUACCUGUGACCCCCGCAGUGGGCGCUGCCCCUGCAAAGAGAAUGUGGAAGGCAGUCUGUGUGACAGAUGCCGCCCAGGGACAUUUAACCUGCAGCCCCACAACCCAGCCGGCUGCAGCAGUUGCUUCUGCUAUGGCCAUUCCAAGGUGUGCGCAGCUGCCACCCGGUUCCGGGAGCAUCAUAUCCUCUCUGACUUCCACCAGGGAGCCGAGGGCUGGGGAGCCAGAAGUGGGGAGAGCCCAGAGCAUCCUGCACAGUGGAGCUCAAAGGGGAUCCUCCUGAGCCCAGAAGAUGAGGAGGAACUCAUAGCACCAGAGAAGUUCCUGGGAGACCAGCGGUUCAGCUAUGGGCAGCUCCUAAUAUUGACCUUCAGGGUGCCUCCUGGGAGCUCCCCACCUCCUGUGCAGCUAAGGCUGGAAGGGGCAGGCUUAGCCUUGUCUCUGUGGCACUUCAGCCUGUCUGGCCCCGAGGACAGUGGGCAGCCUGGGGAGGUGCAGCUCAAGUUCCAGUUGCAGGAAACCUCUGAGGACGCGGAGCCUCUGCUGCCCUCAUUCCACUUUCAGCGGCUUCUUGCCAAUCUCACCGCUCUGCGUGUCUGGGUCAGCAGCCAAAGCCCAAGCCCUCAUGGCCAGGUGGUCCUGACUGAGGUCCGGCUCACAUCAGCCCAGCAGGGGCUUUCCCCCCCAGCUUCCUGGGUAGAAACUUGCUCAUGUCCCAAGGGGUACGCAGGCCAGUUCUGUGAAUCUUGUGCUCCAGGAUACAAGAAGGAGACACCAACGGGGGGUCCCUAUUCCAACUGUGUCCCCUGCACUUGCAACCAGCAUGGUACCUGUCACCCCAGUACAGGGAUUUGCCUAUGUGUCCACCACACGGAGGGCCCAUCCUGUGAGCGCUGCCUGCCUGGUUUCUAUGGCAACCCCUUUAUAGGCCAAGCUGAUGACUGCCAACCCUGUCCAUGCCCUGGGCAGUCAGCCUGCACGACCAUCCCAGAAAGCAGGGAGGUGGUGUGUACCCACUGCCCCCUGGGCCAGAGAGGGCGCCGCUGUGAGAUCUGUGAUGAUGGCUUUUUUGGGGACCCACUUGGGCUCUCUGGGCAUCCCCAGCCCUGCCACCGGUGCCAGUGCAAUGGGAACAUAGACCCCAACGCUGUAGGCAACUGUGACCCCCUGUCUGGCCACUGCCUGCGCUGCCUCCACAACACGACAGGGGUGCACUGUCAACACUGUCAGGAGGGCUUCUACGGAAGCGCCCUGGCCCUUCGGCCUGCAGACAAGUGUGCGCCCUGCAGCUGUACCCUGGAGGGCUCGGUCAGUAAGCAGACACCCUGCGACCCAGUGACUGGCCAGUGCUCUUGCCUGCCUCAUGUGACCGGACAAGAUUGCAGCCGCUGCAGCCUUGGCUUCUAUGACCUCCAGCCUGGGAAGGGCUGCCAGAGCUGCAGGUGCCACCCAGUGGGCUCCCAGGAGGACCAGUGCCACCCCAAGACUGGGCAGUGCCCCUGCCGCCCAGGCGUUGGGGGCCAGGCCUGUGACAGAUGCCAGGAGGGUUUCUUUGGCUUCUCUGCCAAGGGCUGCCGGGCAUGCAGGUGCUCCCCUCUGGGGGCUGCCUCUGUCCAGUGCCACGAGAACAGCACGUGUGUGUGCAGGCCCGGCUUUGUGGGCUACAAGUGUGACCGCUGCCAGGACAACUUCUUCCUCACGAGUGGUGGCCUGCAGUGCCAGGAGUGCCCGUCCUGCUACUCCCUGGUGAAGGAGGAGGCUGCCAAGCUGAAGGCCCGGCUGACCCUGAUGGAAAGAUGGCUGCAGGGGUCUGACUGUGGCACCCCCUGGGGACCACUGGAUGUUUUGCAGCGAGAGGCCCCGCGGGGAGAUGUCUACCAGGGCCACGAUCUGCUACAAGGGUCCCAGGAAACCUUCCUGGAGCAAAUGACGGACCUCGAGGGUUCCAUGAAGGCUGCUCAGGCACAGCUGCAGGUGCUGAGCAGGAGUGCCCACUGUGCCCAGGCCAGAGCUGAGAAGACCUGCGUCCAGCUGGCCAAUCUUGCUGUGGUGCUGGCGUCCUCGGAGGAAGAGAUUCUGCGUGCAACCAUCACGCUCUCGUCUCUGGUGAUUCCUCAGGAAGAGCCCAGCCAACUUACCAACUGGAGCCAGCUGGCCACAGAGGCACGAUUUCUAGCCAGGAGCCACUGGGACACUGCCACCAAGAUAGAGGCCACUGCUUGGAGGGCCCUGCUCGCCUCCAACACCAGUUACAUGCUCCUCUGGAAUCUGAUGGAGGGUAGGGUGGCCAUGGAGACCCAGCAGGAACUGGAGGACAGGUGGUCCCCUUACAGCCUCCCUCAGAAGUCCCUGGCCCAGGAUCUGGACCUGAAGGUACAGACCCUGGAGAAGACAGUCACAAUGAGAGAGAACGUGGCCACCAAAGCAGUCCAAGACCUCCAGGCCACUGCCCAGGAGGUGCUGCAGAAGACGGAGCCCCUCACACAGCUGCACCAGGAGGCCAUAGCUGCCCUGACCCGGGCUUCCUCAUCCGUCCAGGCUGCCACAGUGACUGUCACGGGAGCCAGGACUCUGCUAGCUGACCUGGAAGGAAUGAAGCUGCAGUUUCCUCGGCCCAAGGACCAGGCCACGCUGAAGAGGAAGGCAGGCAUCAUCCGGGACAGGCUCCUUGCAGACACAAAGAAGAAAACCAAGCAGGUGGAGAGGAUGCUGGGAAACAUGGCAUCUGUCUCCUCCAGCACCAAGCAGAAGGGCAGAGAAGCAGAGCUGUUGGCCAAGGACAGUGCCAAGCUUGCCAAGGCUUUGCUGAGGGAGGGGAAGCAGGAGCAACGCCGUGCCAGCCGGCUGGCCAGACAGACACAGGUGACGCUCCACCAGGCCUCCCAGCAGGCGCUGGCCUCGAAAGCACACCUACAGGAGCUUGAGGAAGCUGAGCGGAUGGGCGCUGGGCUGAGCAAGAUGGAGCAGCAGAUCCGAGACUCACGCAUCUCCCUGGAAAUGGAUAUCAAGGCCUUGUCGGAGCUACUUGUCAGGCUGGGGUCGCUGGAUACCCAUCAAGCCCCUGCCCAGGCCCUGAACGAGACCCAGCAAGCACUAGAGCGCUUGAGGCUUCAGCUGGGCUCACCAGGGGCCCUACAGGGGAAACUGAGGCUGUUGGAGCAGGAGUCGGAGCAGCAGGAGCUGCAGAUCCAGGACUUCGAGAGUGACCUUGCUGAGAUCCGUGCUGACAAGCAGAACUUGGAGGCCAUUCUGCACAGCCUGCCUGAGAGCUGCGCCAAUUGGCAGUGA